UACUUUAUCCACUAUAUUCACUCUCUGGUCUCAACUGCAAGUUGUAAAAACACUUAAAAAUCAACUAAUGGAUUCCAUGGAAUCACACCGACCCUGCAGGUUAUUACCAUUACUGAGUCCUCCUCUUCCUCUCAAAAUCGUUCUUCCUGGAGAGACAACUUUCCCGGAAAACGAAAGAAAAAUCACUGCUUUCCCAGAAAAUGGUCGAGUCAGAAGAGGAAAGCCAAACUCAAGCCAUUCCGCCAAAGUCAAAGAACAUAUUGGACGACAGAGAAGCUGCGCUCAUGGAGUUUGAUCUUGACCUCGAUGCUUUUUGGCCGUUGGAUCCGAUUCACUUUCCUUCUAACCCCACGUCCCCUCCUUUGUUCUCGUCCACUGACCAGCCCUGUUCUCCUUUAUGGGGUUUUCCUGAUGGUGAUGCUGAUAAUGAUGAUAAGUUCGCUGGACAAGUUGAUCAAGCUCUUUCUGACCGUCCUCAAUUCAGUUCCUGUAUUCCUGAUCCGGGAAGGGAAAUACCAAGAGAGAAUGAGGACAGAAGAAUGCUUACAUCCCCCUUUUUGGGACUGGAACCUGUUGAGAAUCCUAAUGCUUAUUGCUUAAUUAAAGAGAAGAUCACUCAAGCUCUGAGACAGCUCAAGGAAUUGACUGACCAACAAUUUCUAGCUCAGUUUUGGGCACUGGUGAAGAAUGGGGGUCGGUAUGUGCGCUCAACUUCAGGGCAACCCUUUGUUCUUGAUCCUCAUACUAAUGGACUUCAUCAGUAUAGGAUGGCUUCUCUGAUGUAUAUGUUUUCUGUGGAUGGAGAGAGUGAUGGAAUGGUUGGGCUCCCUGGCCGUGUUUUCCGGCAAAAAUUGCCAGAAUGGACCCCAAAUGUUCAGUACUACUCCAUCAAAGAGUAUCCACGGCUUGGUCAUGCUCAGCAUUACAAUGUUCAGGGAACCUUAGCUUUGCCCGUGUUUGAACCCUCUGGACGGUCCUGUGUUGGUGUUCUUGAGCUCAUAAUGACUUCUCCGAAGAUCAGCUAUGCUUCUGAGGUUGAUAAAGUUUGCAAAGCACUUGAGGCAGUAAGUCUGAAAAGUUCAGAUAUAUUGGAUCACACGAGCAUGCAGAUAUAUGCUUGGCACUUCUUGUAACAAGAUUCAAAUAUGCAAUGAAGGUCGCCAAACUGCUUUGACUGAAAUCUUGGAGAUACUGACAGUGGUGCGUGAAACUCACAAAUUACCGCUUGCUCAGAUAUA